UUCACUUUCAUUCUACUGUUAUAUCAUGUAUAUUUUUAUGUAUCGUAAAUUUGUACAAAACCAUUCAUAGCAUAUUUACCAAAUAUUGAUUGUGUUUCGUGUAUCAGUGAAAAAUUACUCAGAGAAAUGUUAUUUUUAGUUCAGUGUUACAAGUGAUCGUUAAGAAGUUCGCAAAUUUGGAAAUACUGUGAUAACAAGAAAUUUGGUACCAUGAACAACCGACCCAAGUCAAUAUUUAGAGAUUUAUAUUACCUUCCCUAUAAAAAUAAUUCUUUUAAAAUAUCAAAUAAUGCAAAAGACGACGGAGAUCUCAUUCAACGACUGGGUCUACUAAAAAAAUUGGAAAUUCACCAAGGCUGUGUAAAUACAAUUUGUUGGAACAGUACUGGAGAAUACAUUCUUUCUGGAUCAGAUGAUCAACAUUUAAUAAUAACAAACGGUCACACUUAUAAAGUAGAGUCAAACUACUGUACCAGUCAUCACGCAAAUAUAUUUAGUGCAAAAUUCUUACCUUGUUCUUCAGAUAAGCAAAUUGUGUCAUGUUCUGGCGAUGGAAUAAUUUUACAUACAGACCUAGAGGAUACAAAAAACACGUAUUAUAACCAAUUUAGUUGUCAUGCUGGUACUACAUAUGAGGUUAUUACAAUUCCUAAUGAUCCACAUACUUUUUUAAGUUGUGGAGAAGAUGGUACCGUCCGCUGGUUUGACCUGAGAACUAAAACAAGCUGUCGGAAACAGCGUUGUAGAGACGACAUUUUAAUUACAUGCCAGCGAGCAGUGACUGCUCUUGCUAUAAGUCCCACAGCGUCUCAUCAGUUAGCUGUUGGGUGUGCAGAUUCUACAGUUCGGGUAUAUGACAGAAGGUGCUUGACAACUAAUCUUGAAGAAAACGCAAAAGCACGGCCUUUCUGUAGUUUUAUUGCUCCAAACUUGGAAGAUAGAAGAUAUAGAAUUACAUCACUAAGUUAUAGCCAAGAUGGUCAAGAUAUGCUAGUCAGUUAUUCUUCCGAUUAUCUGUAUUUAUUUAGGAUACAGGAAAAUCGACUAACAGAAUUAAAAAAGCCCGUUAAAACGUCUCCCUGGGAGAGAGUUAAAAUGUUAACAGGGAAGCGGGAACGGGUAAAUAAUUCACCUCCUCAUGUCCGCAGAUUGAGGCUGAGAGGUGAUUGGUCAGACACAGGACCAGACGCACGCCCCGAGAGAGAUACCACGACAACUGUUAGUAUUGGUCAGGCUAGGCCUCAGCUACAUGCUACUUUAAUGCAACGAAUGACCGACGUUUUAUCACAAAUGUUGAAUGAUCCUAUGACUCGGGCUGCACUGAGUGCUGGAGGGGAGGAUUCACUGGAUCAAAAUGAAGGACAGCAGAAUAAUACGUCAGCGCAAGGUGAAAAUGCACAAAAUCAAAAUGAAGGGGAGCCUGGACCAAGCAAUUCUGAAAGUGUAGCUAUGGACACUGCUGCCCCUGAAACUAGCAGUGAAGGACAGUCUGAAAGUAGUCAAAACGCCAACGAAAGACAAGGAGAGGGUUCUGCCUGUGUAACAAGUUUGUAUAGUCAUUUAACAACACUCCGAAACUUGAGAGAGGGUUUCAUAGAGCAACAUGGUUCGGAGCCUUCAGUUAGUUUGAGAUAUUCUCAACAGAGUACAGCAAAUGCCACAAUUAGUUUACGAGUUGGUGAUGAAUUCAAUAGAACGAAUUUUGAAACAUCACGAAAUGAUGCCUCAUCAGUGCCUUCGACCUCACAAACUGAGCAAACAAACAUCAAAACCUCGUCUUCGCUACCAGAAGAUGGAUCAAAUUCAGAUAUUGAUUUUGAUGAUUAUGAAGAUGAAUUCUCUCCUGAGUCGUAUAAGAAGACUGACACCACAAAUACAUAUGAGGCAGAAAUGAAAGUUAAGUAUGUCGGACAUCGAAACGCUCGAACUAUGAUAAAAGAAGCUACUUUUUGGGGUAACGAUUAUGUAAUGUCAGGAUCAGAUUGUGGUCAUGUUUUCGUUUGGGAUAAAAAUACCGCAAAAUUAAGAAUGUUAUUACAAGCUGAUCAGCACGUAGUUAAUUGUUUGCAACCUCAUCCAACACUGCCACUUCUUGCAACCAGUGGAAUAGACCAUGAUGUAAAACUGUGGGCUCCAAUUCUCGAGGAGCCUGGCUUUAAUGUAAAAAUGGCCGAAGAUUUAAUUAAUCGAAAUGCGAUAAUGUUGGAAGAAACUAGAGACACUAUAACAGUACCUGCAGCUUUCAUGAUUAGAAUGCUGGCCUGUUUGAAUCAAAUUCGUCGAGGGGCUAGAGCGAGGUCUAGACGUCAAGAGGAUGAAGAUGAAAACAGUUAAAUUUUCUUCAUUGUAUAUACAUUAUUAACUGCUAACAUACCAUAGUUGUCAGAGAUAAUGUAGAGAAUAUUCAUUCAUUUCCAUUUCACCGAGUUGGAUUGUUCUGAAAUUUAACCGUUUUAACAUCUUUUUGACAAUGACAUAUUUAAUUUCUUAAUAUAUUUUAUCGUUUUCCAUCAUUGUAAAUCAUUCAUCAAAGCUCCAGUGUUUGGAUUUGAUUUAAAUGUUCUCUGUAUUUACUGCGUUAUUUACCCUAAUAUUUAAUUAGUUAAUAUUAAAUUAUUAUUACAAUUAAAAUAUUUUUGUGCCUUGUUCUAAAAUGCAAGAAGACUUACGGGAAAAUUAACUACUUUAAAUGAAAACUUCCGAUUUAUUACAUAUAAGAACAGUUUUGACCAACUGGAAAAACUAACAACUGGAAGCAUCUUCCAUGACUUUUCUAGCUGCGUAAGCUAAUAUCUAUGAUGUCUAAAAGUUGGACGGUUCUAAAAUUUUUUUCAAUUUUGAUAAGUAACAUGGUUUUAGCAUGAAGUCAACUUGAAAGUGCAAUGAAAAUAAGAAAACCAGAUACUGGAAACUACUGUAGUCUAUUCAAUUUGCGAAUUAAGUAAUUAAAUGUAUAAAUAUGAACCGAAAAUCACCAGGGUCUGAAAACUUAUGCGUAAAGAUAACGUCAAAGGUAGAAAAAUCCCACAGGACAGAACGAGAACCAAAAACUGUAUUGGCUAAAAUAUAUGUAUAUACAUAACUCUUAAAUAGGAAAAGUAAUAGCAGUAUAUAGCGUCUCCUAAUAAUACAUUACAUAAGCACAAGUGCAUUCGCAGUUUAAUACUCUACAGUGGAAUUAAAACAACAUUAUAAACAAAACAUUUAUUUUUCCCAUAACA